AAGGAAUAAAUUACGAUGAACCCGGACAAUGAUAUUCAGAAACCACGCUUAGGUUGGAAUAUUGCUAGUAAAGAAAAUGGGAAUACCACGCCGAAUAAAACAAGUAUUGCAAGACAAGGCAGUGCCAGGUGCAGAAGCCCGGCUGUAUCAGUCGGUCGAACGUCCACCUGCACCCCUGACGGCAAUAUCAUCAAACGUGCAUCCACUUCUAAAUCAGGUCGGAAAGAGUCCAUAAAAGUCACCUCUGAUUUGCAGGGACAGAAAAAGUUGUUGGGUGUUCAAGGCAAACUGCUGCAGUUGAAGUCGCAGACAAGGAAGGAAAGCCUAAUGAAGGAGGGUGGAAUAAAAACAUUAAUGGCCGCGCCUUCAGUUAUGAAUGCAUUUAAAAGAAACGUUACGCCUUUCACAAGAUUUCGGCGGGUAGCAAGGGCGGUCAAAUUACUUAUACAAGUUUGCCAUGUCUGCAAAAGUUUGUUGGAAGAUUCUGUGUCGCAGGAGGCGUGGUUUGCCCUUGUAGAUAAUAUCGCUGCGGCAGCUGCACUCACAUCGGAUAAAAAGAAGGGGAGAGCAUUUGUGACAUAUGUACCAAACGAGAAUAGAGAACUUGAACAACUUUGUUUUGACGUUGCUGAAUAUAUGAGGCACAAGAAAGCAGAGGAUUAUCUGACAGAUGAAAUAAGAGGCAUCAUGAGACAGAGACCGGGAACCAGAACAGAUGAUCAAAUUGUGGAAGUAGUUCGCUGUAUGAAAAACAUCAGUAAAGCAUUCAACGAGUACCCACUUGCUAUACAAAAACAAAUUUGCCAAAGAGCAUUUUAUGACCAGUAUCGGCGGAAUCGUGUAAUUCUCCGUCGGGGUUUGGCUCCUGAUGGCAUAUACUUCCUGUUAUCUGGAGAACUUGUUGAAAAGCCCGAGGGACGGAAACAGCCGGAAGAGAUAGAAGCUGGACAAAAAUUUGGGGAAGAAGACCUCAUUUGUGGGUCAUCUAGAAGAGCUACCGUGCUUUCCAAAGACGAAGUAGAGAUACUAUAUCUCCAUAGAUUUGAUUACAGAAAGAUAUUCAAUAUGUCUGAAGAUAACUACGAUCCUAAAAAUCUGGAAAUAUGCAAAAACGAUGCGGUGUUUCAACAUUUCCCAAUGCAGAAAUUAUUAGACAAUCCUGGAACUUGGAGUGCACUAAAAUACAAGUAUGGACGACUUAUUGUCAAGGAUAGUAACGACAUAGAGUGGAUAUAUGUGAUCAAGUCGGGAGAGGCACGGGUGUUAAAGCAUCUAGAACCGGGAAGAGUUGAUGUAAAAGCAAGACGAAAGAAAAUACAGCAGCAAAUGGAAGAACAAUCUACAUACCAUAAGAAAAAGAAAAUUCUAGAUUUUAUAGCAGACGGGAAUGGAAGAAAGUCUUGUUACGCGCCUUCCAACUACACGCCAAGUUCUUUACGACGUAGCACGUUGUCCGACCCUUCCUCUCCUCACAGAAACUGCCACGAUGACCAUCACGCGGAUUUACGGAUACGCAGUCUAUCUGCGGUCCCACCUCGACAAAAAACCUUUACAUCACACGGCAGACGACCUAGUCGCCCAGUGACAGUAAACGCUCCAAGACACGUGGAAGAGGAAAGUGGAACUAAAGAUGUAGAAGAUAAGGAAAACAAAGAUGUUAACAUAGUUGUUACAAUAAAUGAUGAAGAUGAAGAACAGUUGUCAACAGAUAGAUCUGAACAAGAUAUAGGCCUGGACAGUGACCGCAGUUACUCCAAAGCAAGUCGAUGGAAGGGAAAGAAAAUCGAGGAGGAGGGCAUGGCAUUACCACCAUUUGUACAGGUUGAAACGUUACAUCCCGGUCACACAUUUGGUCUACGUUCGUGUUUGGAACAUGACGAAAGAGGGCCUUCAGUUAGUUUGGUUAGUGGAGACUGUGAGGUGUUGGCAAUUAACAAGAAAUUCUUCAUGAAGCAUUGUGAUGACGCUCUCAUAAGUUUGAUAAGGCUCAAGGCUAAACCAUUCCCAUCUCAGACAGAGCUGGUUGACAGACUGGAUGCCAACAUGCAAUGGGAGGAAUUCAAACAAGAAACGCUUAAAGACUUUCUCCGACAUAGGGUUCGUGUUACCAGAUAAUAUUCUGGCCAGUGUUAUUGUUAAUGAUAGUUUCUAUAUAUGCUAAAAACUCAGCGACCAAAUAGUAUGAUAAUGGGCAAAUUAUGACAAAAGAACUCUUGUGAUUCUGUGAAACUAUUAAACGGAUCUAAAGUGUUCAAUACAUUUAAAACAGUGUUUUGGAAGUAGAUUUUAAUUCUACAACCCAGGUCUACAAAUGACUUUAUACAGACUUCUAAACAUUUUGACGUAAUUGUUUCAUGGCAUUCUUUCAGAUAUCAUUUCUAUUUCAAAGACCCUGGUACCGUUAAAGAAGUUUAAACAACUUUGUUCUAGUAACAACAAAUGCUCUUGUCAUGAAAAUCAUGUUACUUAUGUAUGUAUGUAAAUAAACAAAACUAAUAUUG